CUUAGUUUUUUAUAUAAAUAUUUAUACAGACAACUCUCUCUCUCUCUCAAGCUCUGUUUCUUAUACAAGUGAACAGAACAGAGGAGAGGAGAGGAGAGGGCAGAGAGAGAGAGAUAGAAAGAUGGUGGGUGAAAGAUACUGUUACCGGGAUGUGUUGCCGUUCUCGGCUAUGGUAACAAUGGAAUGCAUUAACGUUGGACUAAACACUCUGUUCAAAGCUGCAACUUUACGAGGAAUGAGUUACCAUGUUUUUGUCGUUUAUGCUUAUGCUGUAGCUGCUCUUGUUCUUCUUCCUGCUCCUUUCAUUUCCACAAGAUCAAGAGUACUACCCCCACUCACUUUCCCCAUAAUGAUGAAAAUUCUUCUUCUUGGCUUAAUUGGGUCUUCAUCUCAGAUAAUGGGAUUUACAGGCAUCAAUUACAGUUCUCCCACUCUUGCUUCAGCCAUUAGUAAUCUUGUGCCAGCUUUCACUUUCAUUCUUGCCAUCAUUUUCAGAAUGGAAAAAGUAGCCUUGAAAAGCACAAGCAGUCAAGCUAAGAUGUUGGGCACUAUAGUUUCAAUUGGAGGUGCAUUUGUGGCUACUCUAUACCAAGGCCCACCCAUCAUAAGAGCUCCAUAUACUAAUGUUUCACUUCAUAGUUAUCAAAAUCAAUCCUCAAGUACACUUCAUGAUCAAAACUCCUCAAAUUCCAAUUGGGUUAUUGGUGGCCUUCUUCUAACAGCUGAAUACAUUUUGGUUCCACUUUGGUACAUUGUUCAGACACAGAUUAUGAAAGAGUACCCUAAUGAAUUGACGGUGGUAUUCUUCUACAAUCUAUAUGUGAGCAUAUUUGCUGGAAUUGUGGGCUUGCUUAUGGAGACUGAUUCCAAUGCUUGGAAACUUAAGCCUGGAAUUGCAUUAGCCUCUGUUUUAUGUUCGGGAGUUUUUGGAUCGUUCUUGAAUAAUACAGUGCAUACUUGGGCAUUGCACUUGAAGGGACCUGUCUACGUGGCAAUGUUUAAGCCCCUCUCUAUUGCAAUUGCAGCUGCCAUGACUUUCAUUUUUCUUGGGGAUUCUCUUCAUCUUGGAAGGUAA